GUCCAUUUCAAAUACACGUACAUACUUGUUUCACUUUCUGCUCUCUUCAAAGCUUGAAGAAAUAAAGGAAUUUUAACGAAAUUAACGAAUAUAUUCGAAAACUGAGUUGCUGAUUUUGACAUGUGAGAAUAUCACAUGUUGACGUGAAAGGAAUUUCUCCAUUCAGAAUGUGCCUUUGAUAUUUUUAUCAAUUUUCAUCACCUAAAGGAAGACGAUAUAUUUAUAAGGAGCAUUCAUCAAUAAAUCAACUUUUUUAUAUAAAUAUAAUCUAUGACAAACUAUAACAAAAUAUUUUUCUUGUCUCGACUGUCUGGAAUGGAGAGGAGGUGAUUGGUUUACAAGCUUGGAUAACUUCACAAACGUGUUGACAGUUUUCACCUGCUGAUUUAGGUAUUCAGUAAGCUCACAAAUCAAGAAACAUAGCAUCAAAUUUUUCAAUGAAAAUAGGGACUCAACUGAACACGAACAUAUUCGUAGAAGUGAAAAAAUCAAUAUUAUUGUGAUAUAUAUGACAAAUUAUUCUCUCAUAAUGAAUAAUUUAACUGAACCUAAAAAGCCUGAUACAGGAGAGAAGCCAUAUCGUUGUGAUAUUUGUGAUAAAUCAUUCUCUCAAAGUAGUAACUUGACUGAACACAAACGUGUACAUACAGGUGAGAAGCCAUAUCAUUGCAAAAUCUGUGAUAAAUCAUUCUCUCAAAGUAGUGGCUUGACUAGACACAAACUUAUGCAUACAGGAGAGAAGCCAUAUCAUUGUGAUAUCUGUGGUAAAUCAUUCUCUCGAAGUAGUGGUUUAACUAGACACAAACUUAUGCAUACAGGAGAGAAGCCAUAUCAUUGCGAUAUCUGUGAUAAAUCAUUCUCUCAAAGUAGUGGCUUAACUAGACACAAACUUAUGCAUACAGGAGAGAAGCCAUAUCAUUGUGAUAUCUGUGGUAAAUCAUUCUCUGAAAGUAGUGGCUUAACUAGACACAAACUUAUACAUACAGGAGAGAAGCCAUAUUAUUGUGAUAUCUGUGGUAAAUCAUUCUCUCGAAGAAGUAACUUGACUAGUCACAUAUGUACACAUACAGGAGAGAAGCCACAUCAUUGUGAUGUCUGUGGUAAAUCGUUUUCUGAUAAUAGCGCAUUAACUCGACACAAACGUGUACAUACAGGAGAGAAGCCAUAUCAUUGUGAUGUCUGUGGUAAAUCGUUUUCUGGAAGUGGCCGUUUAACUAUUCACAAAUGUAUACAUACAGGAGAGAAGCCAUAUCAUUGUGAUAUCUGUGGUAAAUCAUUCACUGAAAGUGAGAACUUGAAUAAUCACAAGCGCAUUCAUACAGGAGAGAAACCAUAUUGUAAUAUCUGUGGCACAUCAUUUUCUUGUAAUAGUGAUUUGAUUAAUCAUAAACGCAUUCAUACUGGGGAAAAACCAUAUCACUGUGAUAUCUGUGGUAAAACAUUCUCUCGAAGAAGUCACUUGACUAUCCACAGAUAUAUUCAUACAGGAGAGAAACCAUAUCAUUGUGAUAUCUGUGGUAAUUCAUUCUCUCGAAAAUAUUACUUCUCUAUUCACAAACGAACACAUACAGGAGAGAAGCCAUAUCAUUGUAAUAUCUGUGGUGAAUCAUUUUCUAACAAUAGCACAUUAACUCGACACAAACGUGUACAUACUGGAGAGAUGCCAUAUCAUUGUGAUGUCUGUGGUAAAUCGUUUUCUGAAAAUAGCACUUUAAAACGUCACAGACGUAUACAUACAGGAGAGAAGCCAUGUCAUUGUGAUAUCUGUGGUAAAUCAUUCAUUGAAAGUGGUAACUUGAAUAAACACAAGCGCAUUCAUACAGGAGAGAAACCAUAUCAUUGUGAUAUCUGUGGCAAAUCAUAUUCUCGUAAUAGUCAUUUGACUACUCAUCAACGUCUUCAUAUUGGGGAAAAACCAUAUCACUGUGAUAUCUGUGGUAAAUCACUUUCUGCAAGUAGCAGUUUAACUAUUCACAAACGUAUUCAUACAGGAGAGAAGCCAUAUCAAUGUAAUAUCUGUGGUAAAUCAUUCACUGUAAACAGUCACUUGGCUAAACACAAGCGUGUUCAUACAGGAUAGAAGCCAUAUCAUUGUGGUAUCCGUCGUAAAUCAUUCUCAUAUAAUAGUGACUUGACUAAUCACAAGCAUAUUCAUACUAGGGAUAAAACAAUAUCACUGUGAUAUCUAUGGUAAAUCAUUCUCUCAAAACCGCAUUUCAGUACAGUUGUGAGUAUUCACACAAAAGUGCAACCAUUCAGUAUUAAAAUUUAUUACAACAAUUAUGACUAUUUUUUUCUGCUGAAAAACAGGGCUUUUUUUAUCUCUUCAAAUUUGAUGUUAUCAACUUCACUUUCUAUAACGUCUGCAUCAAAUUCAUGAAAGUCAUGUAUAUAUGGAAGUUUAUCAACAAUAACUUCGAUUUCUGAAGAUGAUUGUGCUGGAUUUUUGAGCAAUUUGUUAUAAGAGAAUAAAGAAAUAGGAAUAAUGAAUAAAAGGUUGCACUGAAGUUG